UAUAAGUACAUUGCACACACUGGUGUGUAAAAUUAUCCAUGGCAAGUAUUGUAGCUCUGUUCUUGCUUACACUGUCUUUUGGUCUCCUAUGGAGGAUUCUAACGAAAAUUGUUGAUCGAAGCCUUCCUCCAGGCCCGCCUAGAGUGCCGCUUCUGGGUCACUUGCAUUUGCUGGGUGUUCUUCCUCACAAAUCUCUCUCAGAUCUCUCACGUAGAUAUGGCCCCGUCAUGUUGCUCUGGUUUGGUUUUGCUCCAACGCUUGUGGUCUCUUCCCCAGAUGCUGCAAGAGAAGUUCUGUGCACUCAAGAUCUUGCCUUUGCUUCAAGGCCAAAGAUAUCUAUAGCCAAGUACAUGUUCUACAAUGGUAAGGACUUGGCAUGGACCAGCUAUGGUCCCUAUUGGAAAUUGAUGAGGAAGGUCACCACUGUGGAACUCUUCACUGCAAAAAGGCUCGAGGAAUCCAGAAUGGUGAGGCACACGCAAGUUUCGAAGCUCAUUGACUUUAUAGUCAAUAAUGGUCAAAACGGGAAAGCCUCAAUCAACAUGAAAGUCCUUUUGUCCAUCCUCAACCUCAAUGUUGUGAGCUCGAUCACGUUUGGGAGAGAAUUUCACGCUGGCUCUGUGGAGCUGAUCGAAGAAGUACUGCGGCUGAUGGGCUCGUUUGUGUUGGGCGACUACUUUCCAUUCCUCUCGUGGCUUGGCAGCCCCGCGAUCCGAAAGAUGAUCUCGGCUCACACGAAACUGGACCAGCUUUUGCAAGAGAUCGUGGACGAGCACAAGUCUAAAGUCAAGUCAUCAGAGCGUGCGCGUGACUUUGUUGACGUGCUUUCGUCAUUGGAAGACCAAGGAGAAAUUGACGUUCAAUGCAUGAAAGCAGUGAUCAUGGACAUGAUCGUUGCCGGUACUGAAACUUCGUCCAUCACCACCGAGUGGGCACUUUCAGAGCUCAUGAACAGUCCAACAUGUAUGAUCAAAGCCCAAAAAGAGAUUGACACAAUUGUGGGCCGUGAGCGGAUGGUGGUGGAAGCCGAUCUUUGCAAGCUUAGCUACAUCCACAAUGUUGUCAACGAAGUGUUCCGCUUGCAUCCGCCAGGGCCAAUGCUACUCCCUCGCCAUUCAACGCAAGACUGCCUAGUCAACGGCUACAAGAUCCCCAAGAACUCGCGAGUUUUGGUCAACGUAUGGUCAAUUGCACGAGAUCCAAGCUUGUGGGAGUCUCCCAAUCUCUUCAAGCCGGAUAGAUUUGUGGAGAGCUCGAUCAGCUUCAAGGGGAAGAACUUUGAGCUGCUGCCUUUUGGAUCUGGUCGAAGGAUCUGUCCCGGAUUGUCUCUUGGUGUAGCCAUGGUUUCGUACACUCUUGCUUGCCUCGUCCAUGGGUUCAAGUGGAAGGUCAGUGGCAAGGAGCUGAGCAUGGACGAGAUCUCGGAUGGAGUGUCGGUGAGACGAAAGGUUCCACUUGAAGUUUUUGCAACACCAAGGCUUGCAAGCCAUGCCUACCUGUAAUGAAGUUAUCUUAGGAACUAGCAAACUGAAUGGACGGACAUACCUCAUUCUCUAA